UCUCGCGAAAAGCGACGCAGAAGCCCCGAGAGAGGACGUGUUUCCGGUGUCGCACCGGCGGCAGUCGGCUUGGAGGAGCGACGCUGGGGAGUUGGUGCACCAUGUUCCUGACCGCGCUCCUAUGCCGCAAUCGCAUUCCUGGAAACCAGUGGAUCGGGAAGCACCGGCGGCCGCGGACCGUGUCUUUCCAUGCCAAGGAGAAGAUGAUCCGUCGCCUGGAGAUCGAAGCGGAGAACCACUACUGGCUGAGCAUGCCCUACCUCACUGCGGAGCAGGAGUAUGGCCACGCCGCGGUCCGCAGGGUUCAGGACUUCGAAGCCAUCAAGGCAGCCAGCACUUCCAAGUUUCCCUCGCAUAGAUUUGUUGCAGACCAGCUCAGUCAUCUCAAUAUCAGCAAGAAAUGGUCCUAACCCUGUGCCACCAUUGUCAUUUUUACAGAUGACAGGGCUGCCCUCUCUUUACCUGGUCCUGGAAACGAAGAACUGCAGCCUCUAGAAAAACGUGAGCCUUUGGAACGUGUUCUACAUGUAGAAUACUUGGGAUCCUAAACUCCUUAAUACUUUAAAGUCUGUGAUGCUGUGUUUCUUCUUUAGUUUGAUGGGAAAACGCCAGGAAUUUCCUGCGUCACAUGAUAGAAAACAUAUUUAGAGGGAAGUUGCAGUAACGCUACAAAUUAUGCAUAGUUUGGGGUCUGUGCUUAUGAGGCGUUAUCAUGCAACAUUUUGUUUGCUUACAAACAAGAAUAAAUGUCUGAACUCAAAUGGAAA